AUGAGCUUUAAAGUUGAUCUUGAAUACCCAUUCAAAAGAUACCAUUGCAAGACCCAACCAACGAAGAGUAUUGUAAUGAGUAGCAUUGUUAUAUUUGGUGGUGAAUCCCAUCCAGAGUUAGUGAAGAAAAUUUGUGAAAAUGUCAAUAUCCAUCCCUCUCAAGUGACUUUAGGUAAAUUCUCCAAUGGGGAAACAAGCAUUAGUGUCGGUGACUCUGUUCGUGAAAAGGAUGUCUAUGUUAUCCAAAGUGGUUGUGGUCAAGUCAAUGACACCUUCAUGCAGCUAUUAAUCUUAAUAAGUGCAUGUAAAUCUGCAUCUGCAUCUCGUGUUACCGCGGUGAUGCCAUAUUUCUGUUAUUCGAGACAACCAGAUACUCCUUAUACUGUUAAAGGAGCUCCAUUAAUCUCUAAGCCUAGAGAAACUUACACUUUUGAAUCUAAUCCGGGCACUCCGAUUAAUGGUGGAUCAUCCACCAAGUCAAAUUCAUCAUCUUCAAUGACUACUCAAAGACCAGGCGCGGAUAGUUCAUUUAAAAGCUUAAACACAACCAUACGAAAUACCAUUGACCUCCAGCAACCUCAACCAUCCAGAGUCCAACCAGGUGUCAGACCAGUACUACCAACAUUAAACAACACAAUGUCUCUCUCACGUAUCCCAAUCAUUCCAGGUGGGAAAGUACAAACCCCACGCACAUCCAACGCUGACGCAGGCGAAUUAUUUAACUCACAAAAUGCAGGAUAUAAACUAUGGGUAGUUCAGGCAGGUACAUUAAUAGCCAAUCUAUUAACUGCAUCCGGAGCUGAUCAUGUCAUCACUAUGGACUUACACGAUCCUCAAUUCCCAGGGUUCUUCAACAUCCCCGUGGACAAUCUAUAUUGUCAACCAAUCCAGAUGAAUUAUAUUCAACAUCAUAUACCAGAUUAUCAAGACGCAGUGAUCAUUUCACCUGACGCCGGUGGUGCCAAGAGAGCUACCGCUAUAGCUGACGCAUUAGAAUUAUCAUUCGCUUUGAUCCAUAAGGAAAGAAGAUCACAGUUAUUGAAAGGUCCCCCUGAUGCUACGUUGACCUCUGGUGGGGCAUUACCUGUGUCUCCAAAGCCAUUGGUCGCUACUUUGAACUUCCCUAGGAAUAUUAAUGCUUCGUCACCACCAAAACCCCAGAUUAGCCACCGUCAUGGCGGUGAUGAUGUGAACCAAUCGAAAUAUAUUCAAACCACAAUGGUUGUCGGAGACGUGAGGAAUAAGGUUUGUAUAAUUGUCGAUGAUUUAGUUGACACAUCAUACACUAUAACGAGAGCUGCUAAAUUAUUGAAGGAUCAAGGUGCCACUAAAGUUUAUGCUUUGAUUACACAUGGUAUCUUUUCUGGUGACGCAUUGAAUAGAAUUAAUCAAAGUAGUAUUGAUAAGUUGAUCAUAUCUAAUACUAUUCCGCAGGAUAAGACUGUUCAAUUUUUGGGAAAAGAUAGAGUUGACGUUAUUGAUGUUUCUAGAGUCUUUGGUGAAGCUAUCAGAAGAAUCCAUAAUGGAGAAUCUAUUUCAAUGCUCUUUGAACAUGGCUGGUAG